AUGUCGUUCUUCAACCCUCCUCCAAAGCCCGAGAAUCCGUUGGCAUACCACCGCAUCCUCUCCCCAACAGCGUCCGUCAAAGUCUCCCCUCUGUGCCUGGGUGGCAUCAGCAUCGGGAGCUCAUGGACCGAGGUAUUUGGCAAAAACGAAAAUCCAGACUCUCUGCUCGACGCCUUCUACGCUCUGGGUGGCAAUUUCAUCGACACGUCCAACACCUACAAUGGCGAGGACUCUGAGAGAUUGAUUGGUGAGUGGAUGGAGAAGAGGGGAAACAGAGACCAGAUGGUCGUUGCGACCAAGUAUACCGCUGGCUACAAGGCGUGGGACUUUGCAACAUCCGUGGAAGAAGUCAUGACACAUCUUCACGCCUACGUCAUGGCGAAGCAAGUGUUGUACAUCGGGGUAUCUGAUACUCCAGCCUGGGUGGUUGUCAAGGCAAAUGCAUAUGCUCGAAGCCACGGCCUCACACCAUUUUCGGUGUACCAAGGUCGAUGGAAUGCCGCGUACAGGGACAUGGAGGCCGAGAUCAUCCCCAUGUGCGAAGACCAAGGUAUGGCGAUUGUGUCGUGGGCUUCUCUCGGAGGAGGACAAUUGAUAUCGGUGCAAGAAAGGGAGGCAAAGAUGAAGGACCCAGACGCCCAUAAAGGGUACGGCUUCCGCGAAGCGGAUGUCAAGGUGUCCACGGCGCUGGAGAAGGUCGCGCAAUCCAAAAAGACCACGACCCAGGCGGUAGCACUCGCCUACCUACUACACCAGUCGACCUAUGUUUAUCCAAUCGUCGGGGUCCAGACGGUCGAACAUGUCAAAGCAUUGCCAGAGGCAUUGCGGAUUGAACUUUCGAAAGAGGACGUCGAAGCGAUCCAGGAUGCUGGAGACUACCGACCCCCGUUUCCCAUGAGUUUCUUGUUCCAGUGGACCGGAGAGGAAAAGUGCCAUCUGGGCCUCACACCUGCGGACGUCAGCCAAUACCAGAUGGCGGCCUGGAUCCAGGCGCCGCCGAAACAACCUCCAUAUCGACCUUGGAAAGGACCGUGA